AUGGCUGAUCUCGAACUGUUCUACUAUGAUCCAGCGGGUCCCGGGGACCCCUCCCCGGAUCUAAAGAAGCUGCGGAUCCACGAGCGGAGCUGCUGCGCCGGAGGAAAGUCUCUGUAUCCGGGCGGAGAGGAGGCUUCAGCUCCGGGGACGGAGGCGCGAGGAGCCGCGUGGACACGGGAGGAGACGGAAACAUCCUUCACGCGCAGAAAGCAACACGAGGAAGAGGAGGAGGAGGAGGAGGGUGUAAAGUUGAUCGAGACAAGUUCAGUAACCUGCAGACAGAGCUCAUCAAGUGAGGAGGAGGAGGAGGAGGAGGAGGUGAUGGAGGAGGAAGAGGAGGAAGAGGAGGAAGAGGAGGAGGAGUACCCGGAACUUUACUUGCUGUCCGAUGAAGACCUCUCCUCUGACGGCUCGGGGAAGUCCGUGGAUUACGGGUUUAUUAUCGCGGUGACAUGCUUGGUGACUGGGAUCUCCCUGGUCGCCAUCUCCUACACGGUCCCCCGGGAGGUCCGCGUGGACCCGGACAGCGUCUCCGCCCGGGAGAUGGAGCAUCUGGAGAGGGAGAAAGCCCGAGUAGGGGCCCAUCUGGACCGGUGUGUGAUAGCGGGACUGUGCCUGCUGACCCUCGGGGGCGUGCUGCUCUCCACCCUGCUCAUGGUCUCCAUGUGGAAGGGGGAGAUGAUGAGGAGGAAAGCCUUCGCCUACUCCAAACACGCGGCCAAGCUGUACGGCUCCAUGAGUCUGAGAGGAGCGGGAUCCAGUCCGACCCGGGAGUCCUGCUCCCGUCUGUCAGGGACUGAUGAGGACUUCGAAGUUCUCAGCUGA